UAGUUUAUUUAUUUCCGCGCGAAAGUUGUCUGUGCCUUGUGUGUGACCAGCGACCGCCUCUAUUUCAUGUCUGCCGUGUUUGCCCAAGAGUACAUUUUUUGAUUUUACUUAUUAACCAUGGCCCAGGCUCGCGUUACAGAUUUUUUCUCUCAGCGAAAGAAAGGAGCGACUGGUUCGGCGAAACAAGCGACGCGUAAUGGUGAUGUGAAUCCUGGCGGGUCAAAAAGCAGCGCCAUAAACACAAGAUCUUCACACCAGGACAUAAUCUUGAGCUCGUCCUCAAGUCAAGUUCACGAUGAGUUUGUGCGAGUCAUCGACGCUGCGGCGGGUUUAUCUACGGACGAGUCGACUACCAGCAAGUUGACUCAAGAUGUCCCCGGCAGUCCCCGGACCCCGGAGCGGCCCUCACCCAACGCAGACCCUGGGGCAGACGUCGUCUCUACAACCGCACAGCACAGCACAGCGAGAAAAAGACGGAAAGUAGAAGUUGAUAAUGUCGGAAAAACGAGACAAACGGCCAGAAAGAAGCUUGUUCUUUCGCAUCCAAAACCACAGGGUCUCUGCAGAGAAGAUAUUACGGCUCUCAAGUCUCGCCUUCAGAGGAUCAAAAAACAAGCUGAAUCAUCUAGUGCUAUAUCGUCGUCUUCGGUUUCACUGACUUUGGAUUCAUCCUCCAAGUCAGUUGUAACCAAAGCGAAGGAACUUGCAGCUAAAGCUAAGUCAAAGAAGGCGAAAGACACCGAGGAAGAAAGGAGACCGAAAGACACACUAGCUCAAGAAAGUAUCCAACAGCCAGCAUACCAGCAGUAUCACAAUUUAGCCCAAGAUACUCCCCCUGGCCUCUCCCUGCCUUAUCAGUUCAAGAUCCUGGCUGAGAUGUUCAGGAGCAUGGACACAGUGGUUGCUAUGCUGUUCAACCGUUCCGAGACAGCUACAUUCUCCAAGAUCAAACGGGGAGUUCAGGAUAUGAUGCACAAGCGCUUUGAAGAACAUCACAUUGGUCAAAUAACGACGGUAUUUCCUAAGGCCUAUACAUUCAGACAGGAAAAGAACAUCCCGACAUUCAACUGCUGCAUUAAGAAGGGCAGCUACCAGCUCACCGUGGAACCUGUCAUUUCUAAUGGUCAACAGGAAGAUAGACCUCUCCUAACAGCCUCUAAUCUUUUGGUAAGAAGACGCACCUUCCAUCAGAACCUGGUUUCUAUUGUUAAACACCACCACAAGGUUUUUCUCUGCUCUUUAGUACCUCCGGUGUGCAUACCAGAAGUCAAACUGACCCGCUGGCACCCUAACUUUAAUGUGGACACUGUGCCAGCUGUGCAGGCAAGCUUACUGCCACAACCCCCUUGCCUUGAGAAACUUGCCACUGCCCAGGAAGUGUUAGACAAAGCCCAUUCUGUCAUUACUCCCAAGAUGGAGAAGGCUCUGGUUUCUCUCGUCCAGAAGGCCGAAGAUAAAAGAGCAGAAUCUAGAGAGACCACUCCACAAAACCUAAACUCCACCCAAACGUCUGUUUCAACACCAAUUCCUAAUUCCCUGAAAGGAGUGUCCCAGUCCUUGUUGAGCAGGAUUCGUGCAAAGGAAGCCCAGAAGCUCCAGGCGGCUAUGACUCGAAACCCUUUUCAAGAGGAGCGCCUCUUGAUGAUGUCACAGCUCGGGGACCUUGCAAGGAUUCUUCGGAAUAUUUUUGUAUCCGAGAAGAAACCUGCAUUAACAAUGGAAGUUGCUUGUAAUCGGACGGCCGGCAGCUUCAGAUCAGCUCUCAGUUCAGGUGCAAUGGAGAAACACAUCCGUUUGCUGGCAGAGCUGACUCCUGAGUGGCUGACUAUCCAUCCAAUCAGGAAGGACUUCUACCUUAAAUUGAACAAGAACAUGGAUCUAAGUGUGGUUCUGGACAAAUUGAACAACAAACUUCGAGAGGAGGAGAGGCGCUAAGGUUUAUAAUCCAACCAAAAUAAUGGAAUUAUUACGACUAUUAUGGUCUGUGGUGCUCCCCAGCAUAUCACUGCUGUAUAACCCAAAAAUAUUCCCCUAUUUGAUGAUCCUUACUGGUUUUAAAGAAUAAUGUGUGUGCAAUGUAAGCUUUUGGCCAAGUGUGUGAAAACAUAAGCCUAAAGGAGGCUUCACUUGGGCCUCAUCAUGCCAUGUUACCGUACUUAAAGUGCAUCAACUCUGCGUGUUGUAAGGCAGUUGUCUAAACAAGGUCUUUUUUUCCCUUGAAGGUGUAAUGACAUGUAAACCAUUCUUUUAUCUGUACUUUGUUGGGUGAGAAUUAUGUCAUCUUUAAUGCACAUGCCUCAUUUAAAACAAAUAAAUGCCUCCUAAAUUGUA